AUGUCGCCCUCUCCGGGCGACGCGUGGUACCCCACGAGCGCGUCGCUCGCGAACCGCGAGCUCGGGCUCGCGCGCCCGCGCGCCUUCCUCGCGGACGUCGCGUCGCGACGCCGCGACGCGCUGUCGCUCGCGGGGGACAAGACGCUGUCGAUGCCGUGGGCGUCCGGCGUCAACGCGCUGCGCGUGGACGAGACCGAGCACCGGUACCUGCUCGCGGGCGCGACGGACGCGACGAUCGCGGUGUACGACACCGCGCAGCCGUCGCGCGUGGAUCCGCGCACCGGCGUCGCGACGCACGACCCGAUCCUGCGCGUGCGGCGCGGCGCCGGCGACGGCGCGGCGAGAUCGCCGGGGCACGCAUUCGCGGUGUCGUCGGUGGAUUGGUAUCCGGUGGACACCGGGAUGUUCUUCACCGCGUCGUUCGAUCAGACCGUCGCGGGGUGGGACGCGAACGCGUGCGCACGCGUCGUCGACUUCGCGUUCGAGGACAAGGUGUAUUGCAUCGCGACGGCGAAGGGCGGACGCGGCGGCGGAAUUGGCGGCGGCGGCGGCGGCGCGACGCACGCGCUCGUCGCGUGCGGGCUCGCCCAUCCCGUCGUGAAGCUCUGCGACCCGGUCAGCGGGAACGUCACGCACGCGCUGAGCGGGCACCGAGACGCGGUGUGGGCGCUGGAGUGGGCGCGCGGGAGCGAGUACGUGCUCGUCAGCGGCGGCGGCGAGGGCGACGUUCGGCUAUGGGACGUGCGAAGGGCGGGCGCGUUUAUGGUUUUGGAUCGCGCC